GUACACAUACAUGUCACAGGAGGUUGUCGAGUCUUUCUACGACGACGAAGAGGAGACGGAGGAUUACGCGGAGAGCACGGACCUGCCGGAGGAGGAAUCGUCGGAGACGGAGGGCGGUGAAAUUCUGAAGCAUGGAGAGACAGGAAUGGCGAUACUUCUGAGAGCCAUCAAACGAUUCCGGAAUAAACAUCGAAAACAGAUAGACACUGCUGCAGACGAGACGAAGAUGAACGAAACGUCGAUGGACGAUUUGCUGAAUGACGCCACGAUGCACUUUAACGAGUCCAGGACCGCGCAGAGAGAGGAGAAGGAUGAGGCUGGUAGCAAUGUGUCGAGCAAAAUUAGCAUUAACGGCGAGAUGAUCCUGGAAACGACACUUCUGGACGUAACCACGGAUAGAGUGCGGAACAGCCCAAAGACACCCGAUACUAAUCACAUGGUUAACACCGAGAGGCCCGAUUAAUACUUGAAGGAACUGUUCGCAUUGGAAAAGGAAUCGAACACAGAACCAGAGGUGGUCUUCUCCCCCCAGAACGUCCACGGUGCAGUGUCCAUUAAUGUCCACGGAAGACUACAAGCCGAUCAGGAGAGAACCGUAUCAUAACCAAUGGAGGAUCUCAAGAGCGACGAACUGGAAGCUUCACCAACUUCUUCCGAAUCCCUUUUAUA